CGGGAUGCGGCGGAGGAAAGGCCAGGGGAGCUGGCCGCCCUGAGAGCGGCCCGGGCACUUAGCCACAGAGGCGGGCGGCCGCAGAAGAGGGGCGGCACCCGCUGCGGGGGCUCAAGGGCCCAGGCCUCCCCGAAUCGCGGGGGCUCUCCCUUUCUGGCUGGGAUUGGAAUGGAGUCCCUCCUACCUAGAGGUCUCAAAGCACCGACGGGAAGACUCCCGGAUCGAGAGAGCGCGAUGAGCAACUAUUCGACCCCGCCCUUCGACCCUCGCUUUCCCAACCAGAACCAGACCCGCAACUGCUACCAGAACUUCCUAGACUUUCACCGCUGUACCAAGAUCAUGAAGAGGCGGGGCAAGGACUCGAGCCCCUGCGACUACUACCGCAAGGUCUACCACUCCCUGUGCCCGCUCAGCUGGGUGCAGCGCUGGACCGACCAGAUCCGGGAGGGGACGUUCCCCGGGAAGAUCUGAGGGGCCCCCCGAAAAAUCCUCGCAGCCGGCAGACUUAACAAGAAGACUUUUAUUAAAAAACUAGUUGCAAACUGCCCGUCA